AUGGCCUCAAGUAAUAAUAACACACGUAAUGAAUCACAAAGGACUCGUGAUAUCUCAGAUGAUCAAUUAUCCAAGAAUUUGGCCAAAUACUCUUUAGUCCUAGAGAAAUUGACCACGCAAUCUCAGAUCUCCAAACUUGUUAAUAUAAUUACACAGGAUCAUAAGAAUACGACUGAAAGUUUAAAUGGGUAUAUCGAAGAGAGUCAAUUGAAAUACAAUAAAGAGCUGAGAAAAUUUGAAUUGAAUAGAGUAGAUCUUACAACAACGUUGUCCGAUUUUCAAUCUACUUUAUCUCAAAUUACAAGUUCGAAUAAUUCUGCCAAAAGGAUAUAUUCUGAUAUUAAUACAACAGAUCAGGAAUAUAAAUAUCUUAAUAAGACUCUGACAUUUCUAAAUGAUGUGCGAACUUUAAAAAAUAAUAUAAUUUUGAUUAACUCUGCCUUGGAGGACUCUAAUUACAUAACAGCAGCUAAGGCCAUAAAUGAAAUUCGUGAAUUACCGCCUCACAUUAUAACCUCUGAAUUUUCUAAGAGUGUUGUACCAUCAGCUGAGUUACCUACAGAACCUCAAGAACUAAUUAACGAUUGGUGCGAAAAAUUGACAAACAUAUUUAGAACUCAAUUUGAAAAAGCUGUAGAAAAUAAGGAUAUUGAACAAUUAACGAUUUUUUUUAAGUUAUUCCCAUUAAUUGGUCAAUCUCAAUUAGGUUUAGAGAUCUAUAGUAAAUAUAUUUGUGAAAUUAUAUCUUCAGAAAAUAAGAAAAUCGUGGAAGGUGCAAUUAAAUAUAAUGCUGGGUUUAAUACAGUUAUUUUACAAUUAUUUAAAACUGUUUCGAUGGUUAUUAACGAACAUUCAAAAAUUAUCUCCACAUGUUACGGGACUCAAUAUUUAACAAUAAUCAUGGAAAAAAUAGAAAAAGAAACAGAAUUGCAAGCCAUAUUGGUACUAAAUUAUUUUAGUGAAAAGAGGAAACCUGCUGAACUAAUUAAACAAUUUAAUAAUGAAGAUGCAGAGGAGGAAAGUGAAGAUGAUCAAGAUGAUUACAAUGAUAAUGAUGAUUCUGAGUACGAUUCCGAUUCUGAUAUUCAAAAGGAAAAUGAGAGACAAAUUAUACCUCUAAACGAACUUGAUAAUUUGAUAAAUGAAUAUUCCCAAAUAUUGCAAAAUUGGUCUAUGUAUACAAGAUUGUUUUCUGUAAAAUGGGUUGAAUUUUCUAAAAAUAAGUCAUUGAAUGAUCCAUUAUCAUUACCAGACCCAAUAAUUAACGGCAAUUUUUUAUCUAAACUGCAUAAAGAACAUCACAUCGCCAAUUUCCAACUUUUGCUAUUCAGAUUUCUAAAUGAUUCAUUUGCUAAAAUUAUAACCUUGGAAGAGAUGCCUUCUUUGAACGAUUUUAUUACACUUGAAGUCGUUAAUCAUAAAGACCAGUCUUCUUGGCCGAUAUCAUCUGUAUUAGAAGAUAUGACAUUAUUGAUAAGAAAAAGUUUAAUAUAUUCUUUAAAUACAGGAAAUAUUAUCAUUUUUGCAAACUUUUUAGAUAAGCUUGUUGUUUUUGUUCAAAAUGAAUUUCUAGUCAAAUUCACUCAGGCUAAGUUUAAAUUAUUACAAGCCAAAUUACCUUCCCAAUCAAGCACAUCUUUUAUUGCAUUAAGAAGAUACAUUCCAAAAUCGGUAACAGAUGGAACAGAUUCAAUAUUAGGUUCCAGAAAUGGCACACCAACUGCAGAAAGAAGAGAAUAUUCACCUCAGAAUGCAAGUAAAUUAGCACAAUUAAGUAAGUUCGAUUUUAGAAACGCUUUUGCCAAUAUCCAAUCUAAUUUACAGUCUGUUGUUAUCAGUGAAGAUAGUUCUGAUAGUUCAUCUAUUUUAGCGUUGCAUCAUUUCCUAAUCUACAUCAACACUUUAUUUUUUACAAAAUUUUCCCUUAAAUUAUUGCUAACUACAGAAAUAUUGGAAAAGAAUCCCAGAUUGUUACAAGAUAACUUUCCAUUUAAUGACGACGCAUUUAUUAUUACUGAAAAGAUUGAAAAAUGUCAAGGGAUAAUGUUAACUCAAAUUACAAAAUUGUCUUCAUGGUCCGUUAAAGUUCUGUUUGAAAAGGUCUUAUCCAGUAGACUUCGUUUAUUAUUUGCCCAUUUAUUUGUAAACGACAACAAGACUGAUGAUUACAAACGUGGUGAUGAAGGAGAUUCCGAUGAUUCCAAAUGUUAUAUUUCUAACAUCGAAAAUUUUGAAGAUCUAUCUAAUUUGAAUGAAUUUAUUAACAAAUGGACUACUUUGAUUCAACCGUUCAAGAACGUACUUCAUGAUGAUGCAUUUGACAGGCUAUUAAAAUCUGUCGCAGUUUAUUCCAGCAAAGUUGUCGAAAAGAAGAUUUGGUCCCUGCAAGUUAACGAACUUGGUGCAAUUAGAUUAGAUAGAGAACUUUCGCUAUUUAUAAAUACAAUAUGUGGUACAAACUAUUCAUUAAGGGAAACCUUUGUAAGGUGUAGCCAGAUUGUUCUAUUGCUUGGUUUCGAUGAUGAUGACUUUGAUAUUCAAAGCGGCGAUAUCAAAGAUGAAAUAUCAAGUUCGAUGGAUUGGGUUUUGAAACCGCAAGAGAGAGUAAAUGCUCGCAACUUAAUGGUGGACAAAAGACGCUGA